AUGAGUUGUUCGGUGCUCGUUGAAGCGACAAGUUCUUCUAACAUCGAGGACGACUUGUACACCUUCAAAGAAGAGUCAUCGUCCCCGGCAUCGGAAAGCUCUCCAGAGCAGGCGGCGGAGGGCGGCGGGGCGGGCGGCGGAACUUGCGGCUCGAAGGCGGCGGCGCCCUGCAAGGUGUGCGGCGACAAGGCCUCCGGGUACCACUACGGCGUCACCUCCUGCGAAGGCUGCAAGGGCUUCUUCCGACGCAGCAUUCAGAAGCAGAUCGAAUACCGCUGCCUGCGCGACGGCAGGUGCCACGUGAUCCGACUCAACCGCAACCGCUGCCAGUUUUGCCGCUUUAAGAAGUGCCUGGCUGUCGGCAUGAGCCGAGACUCUGUGCGGUACGGGCGCGGGCCGAAGAGGCCGCGAGACGGCGAGGCGCCCACGGAGCUGUCGCGUGGGGCAAGCGGGGGUGGUGGUGGAAUUGCGGGCGCGGGUGGUGGUGGCGGCGGGGGUGUGGUCGCGCAGCCACCGUCGGAGCGCGCAGACGACGCGGCCGAGCUGUCGCUGGAGCUCGCGCGCCGCGUAGUGGCCGCGCACCGCACCAACAACUCCUACACCGACGAGCUGCGCCGCUCGCUUCAGCUCCACACCGUCAUCAUGCUCGAUGAUUCUGAAAACGAAGUGAGCGGCGGCGAGGAGGGUGCGGGUGCCGCACGGGAGGACGUGGUGUCGCUGCUGUGGCACAACCUAGCCGCACGCAUGACGCCAGCCGUACAGGAGGUUGUUGGCUUCGCCAAGCGCCUACCCGGCUUCCACACGCUGCCACAAGACGACCAGCUUAUACUCAUUAAGCUAGGGUUUUUCGAAGUUUGGCUGACAAGGAUAACGAGACUGUCCACGCCGUCCAGCAUUGUCUUCGAAGACGGAACUGCCUUCACACACAGCCAGCUAGAGAUGAUUUAUGAUGCGCAGUUCGCGACAGCGAUGCUGGCGUACGUACAGACGGUGGGCCGGCUGCGCGCGAGCGACGAGGAACUGGCGCUGUUCACUGCGCGCCUGCUGCUGAGCCCGCACCGCGCCGCCCUCAGCGAGCGCGACCGCAUCGCCGCCAUGCACCGCGCUCUCGCCGAUGCCUUCCGCCACGUGGUGAGCCUUCUGAACUGA